AUGGUUUCCAACAACACAGAACCCUCCUCCUCUGAUUGUGCUUCUUCCAGCCAGACGACAGUAGAUGUGGUUAUCUCGUGCCUGUACUUCUUCUUGUUCCCCAUUGCCUUACUGCUAAAUGGGGUAGCCGCAUGGGUGUCUUUUCACCUCAAGUCCACCUCUACCUUCAUAGUGUACCUCAAAAACCUAGUGGCAACUGACCUGCUCAUGACGCUGACAAUCCUGCCGAUGGCGGCUAGCAUGCUACCUGGAGCCACACUUGAGCUAAGGGCUUUCGCUUGCCGUUACUCCACUGCUCUUUUCUACUGCUGUAUGUACACAAGUAUUGCUUUAAUGGCUCUUAUCAGCCUUGACCGCUUCUUCAAAAUUGUUAGACCAUGCGGAAUGGUGUUGGGACAAAACGUGGUCUUCAGUCUCGUCAUGUCCUCCUCGGUUUGGGUGCUGUUAAUUGGCGGUACAGUCAUCCCAACUUUCAUUCUAACAGACCAGGAUCCUGUAAAUGUAACAGGAGAUUUCUGUAUGUCCCUGAAAAGUCCAGCUGGUGUGACUCUUCACAAGUUUGUGGUGCUAUCUAUGGAGACUCUUUUCUGGCUUGUAAGCAUAGUCAUUGUGUUUUGCUACAUCUGCAUCACCAUGAAAGUCCUGCAGUCCUUCAGAAACUCUGGGAGCAACAACAGUGACGGACAGAAGAAGACCAAGCUGCGAGUCUUCCUGAUCCUUCUUGUGUUUUUUGUGUGUUUUGUGCCGCUCCACAUGAUGCGCGUUCCAUUCACACUAUUUGAAAUAUUUGACAUCGAUUUCUGCGAUCAAAUGUGGGUCACGGUGCUCCAUAAAUCAGUGCUAUGGGUCUCUACCACUAAUACCUGCCUGGACCCUCUUCUGUACAUCUACCUGUGCAGGGAGUACAAAGACAAACUGGUUGAUAUGAUGAAAGCUAGAGGAGUCUGUGUUGGGUUAUAUUCCCAUGAAAAUGAGGAUGUUUCACAGUAG